UUCACCGUCUUCGUUCUGUCUUGUUUCUGUGUUUUUUUGCGUUGUUUUUUGCUUUGUUUGCACAUUAAUAUAUUGAAAAAUCAUACAAAUAUCUUGGUUAGUUGUUUUUCACGUGACAGCCAGGAAGCGGUAAAGGAAACGGAAAUUUGUACUUAAUUUGCAUAUUUCAGAAGAGAAAGCCAUGGCCGAAACAGAGACGCAACACCGUCCCGACCAUCAUGAUGAGGAUGUGCACGAUGUCAACUACCAAGCGCCGCCAGAGAAGACCAUCGAGGAGAUAAUGGCCGCCGAUCAGGAGGAUGAGAGUUUGAGACGCUACAAGGAGGCCCUCCUGGGUGCAGCCCAGACCGAGAAGAUUGUUGUUGAACCGAAUGAUCCCCGCAAGGUGAUUGUGAAAAAGCUGGCCCUGGUUGUGGAAGGACGUGAUGAUAUGGAAUUGGAUCUUACCGGUGACAUUAGUCAGCUGAAAAAGCAGCUCUUUGUGAUCAAAGAAGGUGUUCAGUACAAGGUGCGCAUUGAUUUUCUUGUGCAACGCGAAAUCGUUCACGGCCUUAAGUAUGUGCAAAAAACCUCACGCUUUGGCAUGCCCGUUGUGGUUGACAAAAUGAAGCACAUGGUGGGAUCAUAUCCGCCGAAGAAGGAAAUUCAGUUCUAUUUGACGCCCGCCGAGGAGGCGCCCUCCGGCACAUUGUCGCGCGGCACUUACUCGGUCAGCUCGAUCUUCACGGAUGAUGACAAGCACAUACAUUUGGAAUGGGACUGGACCUUUGAGAUCAAAAAGGACUGGGCAUAAAGCGGGAAAAACAAAACACCACACACAGAAACAAACACAACACACACACACACACAUACCCUCAAGAAACACCCACAUACACAGACAAACAGCAUAAACUUGUGUGUGUUUUAGCCCCCGUCAAAAUGUCAUGUAAUUAGUUUAUUUUUUGUGUUUCAAAAUUUUGUAAACGACAGUUUCUAAACAAAACAGUCAAGUAUUUUUGUGAAUGGUAUUAGAUUGAAACUACUAUUUUUGUAUCUAAAGAGUUAAUGUAAAGCAAAUGAUAAGUAUUUUUGAUAUCCAGUCGAUAUCCAAUGGAAUGUGUGUAAAAAAGAAGAGCAAUUUUCGCCCUAUGUCACUCACUAAGAGAGAGAGAGGAGAGAUCCAGUCAAUCCACUCAAGUCAAAACAAAACAAAACAAAAGUCAAGUCAUCAGUCGGCCUCUGCAUGCCAUUGCAUAUGUCUAACAUACCCCCUUCCAGCUAAAUUCUAAAGAGAACUUUAAGAAAGUUUUAUGCAUUUUCAACAUGUAUUUAAAUUUAAUAAGAAGGAAAGAUCCUUUUCUACUUUCCAACUGAAACUGAAAAGGGCAACCCAUACCCAGAUAUGAUCCAUACAAUCCAUCAAUUUGGACUGAAGCUGAAUUACCUUACAAUAAUGCAUUUGCUAUCUGUAAAACCCACAUAAAAUGGGCAUCCCACAC